AUGCCCCCAAUACUCUCCCUGGCAGCUCCAGGUAACACGUACUGCUUCGGUCGUCGUGUGACGCGCCUAGUACCUUACUGGUGUUUUUGUAGCCCUGUUACCCAUCACCAAAAGCGAGAUACAUCCGUAUUUUCGACAUGCAGUCUCCAGGCUCCUUGGGUGCUUCUGCUCUCCCAUCGCCCCACGACUCUCAACCCCCGCCACGGCAUAGCCUUCCGUCGCCAUGACGAGCCUCAACGGCCUCCAAGGCGCUACUCCGUACACACUUCCAAGGAUGACACCUUUUCUGAGGUGGAGGAAACUGAAGGGCGUCCCACAUUUCGACCGCAACUGUCCCGCGCCGUCAGGAAGGCCCUGCGCCCAACUAGGCCUGCAAUAGUCCUUGCCUCCAUAAACGGUCCAGCCAGAGACCUUUAUGUUACCCCAUCUGAUGGGACUGAUCUGUCCUAUACUGCGCCGCGACGUCCUUCGCGAAAACUCAAGCCGAAGACUGGAUUUUGUCGCAGCACUCUUCUGCUUGAUGAACCCGUCUCGCUCUAUUCAAUCCUUGCCCGGUUUCUCCAACAUCACACAGCGACACCAGCAGCCAAGUCGGACUUUUACUAUGCUCCUCUGGAAAUGGAGCUGCUACAAAAUCAAGGCUACACCAUGGAAAGCGUAGAGCGAUGGGCUUCUUGUCUCGUGGCGCCGCGAUCGAUUGAAGCCGCAAGGGUUUUCGAACAGGGGGUUGAGAUGCCGCCUCUGUUCUUACUCUUAUUGUUCCUACGUCGUAAGCACAUCAAAGCACCUGCCCUUGACACCAUCAUGAGGCACCUUGUUCAUGUUGCGUAUUCAGAGUCGAUAAGCUGGUCCCAACUUAAAAUCAUUACGGUUCGUUUACUCCACCAUGUGCGAGAACACCGGCCUGAGUCAAUGUCAUGGGUCGCCUCCUUUUUCGCCGCCGAAGCAAGCCGCCUACAUGAUAAUACACCUGGAGCUGAUCCUCUGCCACCAAAUACACUUUCAGACUUGACUGAGUUUUGCAACAAACUCCUUAAGCUGAUAUCACUGCCGACACCUUCUCGACCUGUAGUGACCGCUGUCCACCAAGAAAAGGCCCAGUUCCAGAUCCUUCAAUACAUGGCCAAUAGGUCGCCUGCAGUAGCAGUGACGCGACUCGGCUUCCUAUCCGUAGCGCUCAAUCAGCUGGCUCAUGCCAAGACACCACAAGAAAGAGAAUGGGCUGAGCUUAAAGGGUCUGCCUGGCCUCCGUGGAAGGAGAAUCGUACAGCAAUGGAUGAGGACAAAGGCUACGAGUUCGGUGCUUCCCGAGCUUCCCAGCUUCUGCACCGUAUGCACGAAGCUGGAUACAGCGGCGGGUUGUGGGAAGACAUAGUGCAAGUCUAUGCUGGUUGGGACAAAGACUCCAGUCCAACGAUACAAACUCGGACGGUUUUACCUCUUUCCUCCUUUCAAUACCGCAAGGCUAAUGGACUUCGUGCUCUACUCUGGGCUGGCCGCAUACGAGCGACACGCACGCGCAGGGAAGCCUGGGCAUGCUUCCUCUCACAAGAGCUAUCUGGAGGACGUGCUCAUUCCGCUAUAUAUCUCGCAAUGUUCGAAAAGUUGCAUUACGGUACAGCAGAAAGAUUGACACACCCAGAGUUCUCAUCUGACGCAGGUGGCACUCCAGAAGAAGGCCCCACCUACUUGUUACCCGGAGAUAUGAAAGAAGUCUUGCCAGACCCGCUGUCCACGUUACACCACGUUUACAUCAGCGAGCCCGUUCCCGGGUAUAGAGAGCUAUUUCAACGGAUGCAGACCACUCAGCUCAAGCCUGAUAAUCAUCUCCUCGUCUUCCUAGUAGAGACGUGUUCCGACUUCGAUAUGGGCCUAGAAUUACUGGUCAUGGCUAAGGACAGGUGCAAUGGCAUAAUAGGCCGAAUUCUUGAUGGAACUCACGAUCAAGAUCUGCCAUACCAGCCGAUCUUAGGUUAUUACAUCAAGGCGAUCAUCGUAUUCUUAUGUCGUUAUGGACGCGUCGAACAGUCACUGCCCAAGGAAGUCCAUUUUCUACGGCCGGAACAGCAUGCCAAUCAGCUCAGGUCGAAUCGCAACUACCUGGUCGAAUACGCGUACAUGGUUCUUAGACAUUAUCGGCCGCUUUACCGACCAGCUUGGGCUGCCAUGAUAGAGAAGCUAGCAUGGCAUAUCAACCAAAAUGGGCAAAUUGGAAUUACUCAGUAUAAACGUAUUUGUGACAUCCUUGAGCAGAUGGAGCAGCUGCAUCUCAAUAUCGACGACGAAAUCUUUCUCCAAUUCUGUGUUGCGACUCGGUACACUGCUCAGACCGCCCAGCAAGGCUUCGCGUCCAUUGAGGAUACGCGACAUGUCCUUUCCACCAGUUCCCAUCGCCUCCGAACGCUCUUUAAUAGCUUGGUCGGUAUCAAUGCCGACGUGCAGUCACCUUCAGGUCACCAGACUGGUAGUAACGUCGUUCCGCUACACAUUCCAGGACCUGCAGAACUACAUGCUUACGUACGAGCACUAACUGCUCUCCGGGAUUAUGAAGGACUUUAUUCCUUCACUACCUGGCUCACCAAACACCAUGUCGAAGUGACGGCGCGCGCAAAAGCUCAGCACUCAGGCAGAGACAUUCUCUUCAAGAUGCUUGUGGCAUUGCGAUUAGCUGUCGAUGGUGGGGCUCUUGAGCCAGAAGCUGGCUACCUAUCUGGCGCACCAGAAGACAUAGCACUUCUCAUCAAGACACAAAUCGAGAGUGUUGAACAGUGGGGUGGUUGGCCUGAACGAGAAUACGUUGACAUGUAUAUCAAUGGGCAUUUAAAAUCGGAACCACCUCUCGUUGGAGGACGCUAG